UACUUUUUUCAUCACAAUGCUUCUAUCCAUUCCAACUAUGUCGGAAAAGUGAUGAUCAAGUAAAACAAGAGAAGUGUCAUUAUCAGAAUCAGUUCAGAAAAUAUCCCACCAAUAUUCGAUUUGAUCAUGAUGUGUUUGGUGGUUCUGAAUCACUCCUAAAAGCCAUUAGUUCAUUGUUGUGGUGGAUAGAAGUAGAAGUUAGAACAAAGAUGGAUUCGAGAAUUCGGUUAGAUUAUGCUCUGUUUCAGCUCACCCCUACGAGAACAAGAUGUGAUUUGAUUAUAUGUGCUGGUGAUUGCAAAGAAAAGCUUACAUCUGGACUAUUGGAACCUUUUGUUUCUCAUCUCAAGUUUGCCAAAGAUGAGGCUUCAAAAGGGGGUUACUCCAUAACACUUUCUGCACCUGAUUCUGCUUCCUGGUUCACCAAAUCCACACUUGAAAGAUUUGUGAGGUUCGUAAGCACGCCGGAGGUUCUUGAAAGAUUCGUCACGAUUGAGAAUGAGAUCAAGAACAUAGACUGCUCCAUAAACAACAACAAUGCAUCAUCAGACUCACAAUCUAUCUACGGUUUGGAUGAGCACUUCAACAAAUCAACUUUUUCUUACAAGCAUGAAGAUAACACAACUGAUACCCUCCAUGAAGAAGAUCCCAAGUUUCAUCUUCAGCGUGUUCUGGAAACUAGAAAGGCGGUACUUCAAAAAGAGCAAGCAAUGGUCUAUGCACGCGCUUUAGUUGCAGGGUUCGAGACAGAUAUCCUACAAGAUCUCAUAUGUUUCGCGGAUGCGUUUGGAUCUCCUCGUUUAAGGGACGCAUGCUUAAACUUCAUCGAAUUGUGUAAUACAAAGAGCGAAGAUAGAGUCUGGAUGGAUGAGGUGGCAGCAAUGCAGGCGUACUCUCGUUCACAAUACGCUUAUCUGGAAGAUGAUCUUGGUCAAGAACUUAGGAUUAACGUCCCAAAUAGUAAUUUUGUUACCAACAAACCGAAUGGUUCCGUUGAUGGCAUAAGUAACGAAAGUCAUCAUCCGCAGUAUAUGCAUUCUUAUCAAGGGGGGCCCAUGUUUCACCCUUCAUAUCAAGGGUACCCCUUUCCAUAUUAUCAAGGGAAUCAUCCGUGGCCUCCGGGUAUGGAAGAUUCUAGAAGUAGAGGGAGACGUUCACGCAAGAAAAGAUCACAAGAUUUGACCCAAGAUGGUAAGUUUGACUCUAGCGAUUCUAGUUCUGGAAGUGAUUCCGGUAGCUACAAAAGGAGUUCGAAGAAGAAAGUUAUAAUAAAAAAUAUUAACUACAUCACUUCUGCCAAAGAUGAAGAAUCGGAACACGAAUCUGAUGCCACUCAUGAGGGCCAAAAGGUAACACAGCAGUGGAAUAUCUUCCAGAACCUUCUAAUGAAGGAUGUGGAUGACAAAGAGUCCAUGGAGGAAUACGUUUCCCAUAAGUUUGAUGAUCCGAAUACUGUUCCAUCUGUAAAUCAACCUGAGUUUACCAAUGUAUCAUCCACCAUUGGAAAACAUGAAGAAAAAGAUUGGUAUAUGAGAAGCCGGCCAGAUAAAGAAGUUCAUGAGAGAAGUAGAGACAUUUUUGAAGACCAUAUCGAGGUUGUGGAAAGUACAAAAGAUGUUCUUGUAGAAUAUCCUAUGACAGUUCAAGAUCGAUCUUUAAACGAAUAUGAUUCACGGUUUAAAACACAUGACAGUUUCAUGAUUCCGCAGAGUAAUCUGGCCCAGAAAAAGGUUGAAGCUGCACGUGUCAAUGAGCCGAACGACCUGCACAUGGUGCUUGGAAGAGAUGCGGCUGGCCAGCAAGCUGUGCCAGCUUGGACUCCAGAAAUGGAGUCAGACAGUACUAAUAGUAAGAUUGUUAAAAUGGAUUCUCCUGAAGUCAACAACUCAAAGACGAAAGCUUUGGUUCAGAAAGGUCUUGAAAAAAAAGGUUCCACUAUUGAAGCAAAGUCGAAAGCUUUAGCUGGAUCAAGAAAGAAGACACCUAUCGCGACCAAAACAACAUUAAUGAGGGGUAGAUCAGAGAAGGAGGAAGAAAAAAGAAAGAGAAUGGAGGAAUUAUUAGCUCAACGUCAAAAAAGAAUUGCUGAAAGAAGUGCUUCUACUGCCAAGACAGCAAAGAACAAUAAGCUGAAAGCCCAACUAGCAACGAAGAACGAUAAGACAAAAGCCGGCCAACAGACAGCCAAGAACAAUAACCCAAAAGCCCAAGUACCGACGAAGAACGAUAAGACAAAAGCCCAACAGACAGCAAAGAGCGAUAAGCCGAAAGCCCAACUGACUACAAAGAACGAUAAGCCAAAAGCCCAACAGACACCAAAUAACGAUACGCGAAAAGCCCAGAUUGCAUCACGAGACAUGAAAAGUUCAAAUAAGAGAGUCAUAAGGAGUUCCACCAUUGAUCGCUUGUCUGCGGCACGUGUAGUUAAUCCAAAGGCGAUAUCUACUAAAUCAAAGCCUGAUAACAAACCUAUGAAACCACCCACCAAAAAGCAUGGUGAACCAAAAUCUGUUCAAAAGCCUACUAAAGUGUCCGCCAAAGAGAAUGGUAUAUCGCGAACUUUGUUAUCCCAAAAGGCAGCUAAAGCGGAAACGAAGAAAGUAAAACCAGAUAGAAUUAAACCUCUAGAAAAGAACAUCGUUUCAAAGAAUUCAUAUGGACCGAAAAAGAAGACCCUUGAUCACAACAAACCCAAGCAAUUGCCAAAAGCAUCCGAAAUCAAGAAAACUGGCAAUGGGGCUGCUGCUGACAUUGGAUCAUCUACACCUGCAUACUCAGAUCACACAAAAAGUGUGGGUGAAACAUUACAUAAUAACACAUCUUCGGUUGUUCAAAAAGAUGUCACUGUUUCAGACAGUAAUGGUGGAUCAAGCAGUAAAGCUGUUACUUUUAAAUUUAAUGAGGAUAUUAAUGAAGGUAAGAAAAGCUCUAUUGCCAAAGUGAAGCAUGAAAUUAGUCCUGUGAUGGAAAGCAGUACCAAGAAGAAAUGGAGCACUCUUGAAACCUCAAGUAAAGCUCUCAGUGGUUUUAAAAAGCUUCUGUCUUUUGGCAGGAGGAGUUGAUAGUUUUCUAUGGGGAUGCACUUAAAUGGAUGCAUCAUUGAAGAAGUUGUGAUUCAGGAACAAUCCCAUACCACACACACACACACACACAAAAGAAACCCAAAAUUAAUAAAAUGUAAUCUAAUAACACAUCAAUUGGCCAUUUGAAAAUUCGUUUAUUGUUUGCACUACAAAAUUUGUAAUGAGUUGAUUUAUCUAACAAAAUUAUUUGGAAUA